AUGGAGGCCGAUCCGUUCAACCUCCAGCAAUACAAAGCCGAAAUCUCGCAAAAGAAGAACUGGCUUCCCCUCCCCACUCAACCAAACGAAAAGCUCAACAAUUUCUACAUUGACCAAAACGAACUCAUUGACGGCUUCCUCUCCAGCGGUGAUGAGGAGCGCCAGAAGGCCCUGGACACAGCCAAGAAUGGCGGCAAGGUAAAGCUAGCCGUGCGAGCCAGUUUCGUCGUCAACCUCUGUCUCUUCGUCAUCCAGCUCUAUGCAGCUAUCUCGACCGGCUCCCUUGCCCUCUUCGCCACUGCUGCUGAUGCCUUCAUGGACCUCGUUUCCUCCAUCGUGAUGCUCAUUACCUCCCGUAUGUCCACUCGUCCGAAACCAUACAAAUACCCAGUCGGUCGUCGUCGUAUCGAGACAAUGGGCAUCAUAAUGUUCUGUGCAUUGAUGACGGUGGUUGCCGUGGAGUUGAUUAUCGAGUCAGCCAAGUCAUUGGCGGCAGGAAAAACGGAGUCCAGCGAGCUUCAACUCAUCCCGCUGAUCUGUGUUGGCGUUGCGAUCUUCUCCAAGUUUUGCCUGUUUCUGUACUGCUUCAGUCUGCGUCGGUAUCCGGCCGCACGGAUCUUCUAUAUCGAUCAUCGCAAUGACCUUGCAGUCAACGGGUUCGGUCUUCUCAUGUCGGUAGUUGGUAGCCGGCUAGUGUGGUACCUAGAUCCUGUCGGUGCUUGCUGCAUUGCGCUGCUCAUUCUGUUCUCGUGGGUUUCGACGGCAUUCGAGCACAUGUGGCUUAUUGUCGGAAAAUGUGCCCCGAGGGAGUUUGUGAACAAGUGCAUCUAUGUUACACUCACACACGAUCAGCGGAUUCAGAAGGUGGACACGUGCCGGGCAUAUCAUUCGGGCCAACAGCUAUAUGUAGAGGUUGACAUUGUCAUGGAUCCGGAGACUAAAUUACGCGAGUCACACGAUGUUAGUCAGGCAUUGCAGCGCAAGCUGGAGGGACUUGCUGAUGUUGAGCGGGCAUUCGUACACGUGGACUAUGAUUAUUCUCAUGAUGUCCACGAAGAACAUCGACCUCUGUAUGAUCCUGAUGGCACAGGAUCCUCGAUCAGGGAGCUGGUAAAGAGGUUAUGGACUCGGCGCGAUGAUAAAGAAGAAGAAAAUGCUGUGUAA